AUGACCAUCGAUGUGGAGACCGCGAUCGUGCGCGUUGGCGGGUGGCUGCCGUGGCAAGGGUGCUUCUGCUUCAUGCGGCCCGAGCGCCGCGUGGUGCUACAGGGCGACCUUCUCCUGCUCUGUCACCUUGCACAAGGCGAACACCCGGCAGUGCUGCAGAUGCGGUCCCUGAAGAAUCUGGGUAGCGUUCCAGAGAUUACGGACGUGGAUCCGUGUACUGUCCAGCGUGUUGUGCUGCUGGACGACGUGAAGGUGCUUUCUGAAGGUGCUAUCUGCACAGUCGUUCCCAAAGAGGGGCGUGCAUUACACCUUCAUUUCCGCACGCAGCAGGUAGCCAGGCAAUGGUGCCAGCUCCUGGACAAAGCUUGCCAGGGCAUAACCAGGCAGGAGGAGGUGUUGGAACAAGCAUCGGCGCUUUUCUCUGCUCCAAACCAGGCCUUGCCUGGAGAGUCUGCCACGCCUGCGUCCGGUAGCCAUUCGCCGGCGAAAGAGGAGCAGCCGGGCAAGCGAGGGAGCAGCAGAGAGGAUCCGUCGCCUCGGCGGGAGCAGGCACGCCUUUCCGACUUGGCGGUGCUCCACGUUCCCUUUGUCCAGGCCCGGCGCGAGACCAAAAGCUUGGAGCGAACGUCUGCUGCACAGGCAGAGGUAUCUUCGAAGGUCCGCCGCCCCCUGUCGACUGAGGGAGCCCCUGCGUCGCCCUCGCGGAGUCGCGCAUCCACUCCGGGGGGCCUCAAUAGCCUCUACGGCGGAGGCCGAAGGGCGGCCCCCGGAACGCUCACCGUACGUCCCAAAGAGCGAGUAAGUGGUGGCUUCUGGAACACUGCUGGUCGCCUCGAGGCCUUGACGGCGCCUCUCUCGCCGCGGGCCAGGAGUCGAAAAAUGGCAUUUCAGCAGCUGCUGGCCGGGGAUGAUGUGCUCCGGAGGAACCUGAGAUAA